UUAAUAAAGUAAAAGUCAUUAAGUCAGUAAAGGUUUGAUUUUGAAACUCGUGGCCGGAAGCCUUGAUGUUUACAGCGGGCAGCUUGACCUGGUGGGAGGAAACACAUUGAGGGUAAUGACGUUCCCCGGCUGGGAUCCUGGCUGCAGACGGGAUGGAGCUCACUGCACGGGAAUGGGGGGGAAUGACUGAGUGUUAGGUGCGCAGGAUCCGGGAUCUGUGUGUGUACUCUGCGUUCGGUUCACAUCCCCCUGCUUGCUUGCUUGCUUCUCGGAGGGGCGGGGGUCCCGUGUUCGCGGCCAAAGCGGGACGGAGGACAGCAUUUUGCGCUCGGACCCCGGACUGGAGACAAAACAACGGGGACGGGAACAGGCAUCCUAACCCACCACGAUCCACCAACUCUUUAGCAACCUGGCUGCCUGGCACCACUUGGCUUCUCGGUGUCCUUUUCUACCAUUUUUCUGCAGCAGCGACCGGCUAAUUCGCCUGUCCGGGACACAAACUCCCCCGCGGGUCCACCGGUGAAGGAGACUUUUCCGCCUGUGAAUUUGACAGGUUUGUUUUUGCUCAGCUAGUUAGCAUUAGCAUCAACCGUUAGCCUAGCCACCGAGGUUAGCAACAAGGCCGUUUUUUAUCCCAGUCGUCUGAUGAGGAAUGACUCCCGAGUGACAACCACAGGUUAUGUAAAACAAAUUAAAUCGAGCCGAAGUCGCCGUAUCGCCCGGACUCUUCACCCGGACGGGGAUAAGGACAUGGGGAAGCUUGCCGCAGCCUGCCGCACAUCUGUCGCCGCUCCGGGAUCGGGAACCGCCGGGAGCCUCCCGGGCACAGCUGCCUCCCCCGGCCAGUAGCAGCAGCGUGGACGCCUCCGCCAAAACCACCACAAAUCUGGACUUAUUCAGGGAUGUAGUGGGGAAUAAACUCUUUUUGCUGCUGGAAUACAUGACAUACACCUAAUUUAACACUAUACACUGUGAGGAAUUCAUUAGGAUAAGGUGUGUGAAGGAGAGAAAGCAUGAAUUGACGCUUUUUUGUGCCCCCUUUGCUUAUCCCGGACCGGAGGACACAGUUCAGCUUUAUUCUGAUACACCACCGCGCUUUAACCUCCAACAAGCUGCAAUUACAGCCGAAAAAGCCUCCAUCCCGCCAGCCUGUAAUUGGGAUCCCAGGGGAGCAACAUGAACUACCAGCAACAUCUGGCCAAUUCGGCCGCGAUUCGGGCCGAGAUCCAGAGGUUUGAGUCCGUCCACCCCAACAUCUACUCCAUCUACGAGCUGCUGGAGCGGGUGGAGGAGCCGCUGCUGCAGAACCAGAUCCGGGAACACGUGAUCGCCAUCGAAGAUGCCUUUGUGAACAGCCAGGAGUGGACGCUGAGUCGAACGGUACCCGAACUGAAAGUGGGCAUUGUGGGUAACCUGGCCAGCGGCAAGUCGGCGCUGGUCCACAGGUACCUGACAGGAACGUACGUCCAGGAAGAGUCUCCUGAAGGCGGACGCUUCAAGAAGGAGAUCGUGGUGGACGGCCAGAGCCACCUCCUGCUCAUCCGGGACGAGGGAGGCCCCCCGGAGGCUCAGUUUGCGCUGUGGGUGGAUGCGGUGAUCUUUGUCUUCAGCCUGGAGGAUGAGAUCAGCUUCCAGACGGUCUACCACUAUUUCAGCCGCCUGGCCAACUACCGCAACACGGCCGACCUGCCGCUCGUCCUGGUCGGCACGCAAGACGCCAUCAGCUCGGCCAACCCCAGGGUGAUAGACGACAGCCGGGCCAGGAAGCUCUCCAACGACCUGAAGCGCUGCACCUACUACGAGACCUGCGCCACCUACGGGCUCAACGUGGAGCGGGUCUUCCAGGACGUUGCCCAGAAGAUCGUGGCCACCCGGAAGAAGCAGCAGUUGUCCAUCGGGCCGUGCAAGUCGCUGCCCAACUCGCCCAGCCACUCGUCCGUCUGCUCCACCCAGGUGUCCGCCGUGCACAUCAGCCAGACGAGUAACGGCGGCGGCAGCCUGAGCGACUACUCGUCGUCGGUGCCCUCCACGCCGAGCACCAGCCAGAAGGAGCUGCGCAUCGACGUCCCGCAGACCACCAACACCCCGACGCCGGUCCGCAAGCAGUCCAAACGCCGCUCCAACCUGUUCACCUCCCGCAAGGCCAGCGAGCCGGACAAGGACAAGAAGGGCCUGGAGGCUCGGGCCGACAGCAUCGGCAGCGGGCGGGCCAUCCCAAUCAAACAGGGCAUGCUGCUGAAGAGGAGCGGCAAGUCGCUCAACAAGGAGUGGAAGAAGAAGUACGUGACGCUGUGCGACAACGGGCUGCUCACCUACCACCCCAGCCUGCAUGACUACAUGCAGAACGUCCACGGGAAGGAGAUCGACCUGCUGAGGACCACCGUGAAGGUCCCGGGCAAGAGGCCGCCGCGCGCCGUGUCCACCUGCGCCGCCGCGCCCAGCCCCAAGACCAACGGCCUCGCCAAGGACAUGAGCAGCCUGCAGCUGGGACAGACGCCAGGCUCGGUGACCAGCAGCUCGUCGGUGUCCCAGAUGGCGAGCGGCGUCAGCCUGGUGUCGUUCAACAGCCGCGGCCUGGACGGGAUGCACCAGCGCUCCUACAGCGUGUCCAGCGCCGACCAGUGGACCGACGCUACCGUCAUCGCCAACUCCGGAGUCAGCACCGACACGGGCCUGGGCGACUCGGUGUGCUCCAGUCCCAGCAUCUCCAGCACCACCAGUCCCAAGAUGGAGCCGCCGCCGUCGCCGCACGCCAACCGCAAGAAGCACCGGCGGAAGAAGAGCACGAGCAACUUCAAAGCCGACGGCCUCUCUGGUACUGCGGAAGAACAAGAGGAGAACUUUGAGUUCACCAUCGUGUCGCUGACGGGCCAGACGUGGCACUUCGAGGCGACCUCGUACGAGGAGCGCGACGCGUGGGUGCAGGCCAUCGAGAGCCAGAUCCUGGCCAGCCUGCAGUCGUGCGAGAGCAGCAAGAACAAGUCCCGUCUGACCAGCCAGACGGAGGCCAUGGCGCUGCAGUCAAUCAGAAGCAUACGGGGAAACAGUCGCUGUGCAGACUGUGAGGCGCAGAACCCAGACUGGGCGAGCCUCAACCUCGGCGCCCUGAUCUGCAUCGAGUGCUCGGGCAUCCACCGCAACCUGGGCACCCACCUGUCCCGAGUGCGCUCGCUGGACCUGGACGAGUGGCCGCUGGAGCUCAUCAAGGUCAUGUCGGCCAUCGGCAACGAGCUGGCCAACAGCGUGUGGGAGGCCAACGCGCAGGGACGCCUCAAGCCGGCCCCCGACGCCAGCAGGGAGGAGAGGGAGCGCUGGAUCCGGGCGAAGUACGAGCAGCGUCUCUUCGUGGCGUCCCUGUCCUGCACCGACCUCUCGCUGGGCCAGCAGCUCCUGAGGGCCACGGCGGAGGAGGACCUCCGCUCCGUGGUCCUCCUCCUCGCCCACGGCUCCCGGCAGCAGGUCAACGAGACGUGCGGCGAGGGCGACGGCCGCACCGCCCUCCACCUGGCCUCCCGCAAGGGCAACGUCGUCAUCACCCAGCUCCUCAUCUGGUACGGCGUGGACCUGAUGGCGAGGGACGCCCACGGCAACAGCGCCAUGGCGUACGCCCGGCAGGCCAACAGUCAGGAGUGCGUGGACACGCUGGCGCAGUACGGCUGCCCCGACGAGCGAUACCCGCUCAUGGCCACGCCCAACCUGUCCCGCCGCAACACCAACCGCAACAACAGCUGCAGCAGCGCCGGGAGCGCCGCUCUCAUAUGACCUCCCCCCCCUGCCUCGCCGUGCAACAGCGCCCCCUCGCCAGGGCCUGCGGUGCUGCACCGCCGCGCCCUCGGCCGAUGGAUCUCCGUAGGCAUUUGAAAAAAAAAGAUAAAUAAAAAGUAAAAAUCAACGUGACUCUUGAGAAACUUUGAAAAACAAAUCCCGUUUGGGAGAAUCCUGACCGAACUGUUUUUUUUUUUGGGAACCACUACUUGUGCACUCCUGUUGUGACUCUAUAGCCCCGCCUCCUGCUCCCUUAGCCCCGCCCACCACCACCGCCACCAGUCGCUCACAUGGACUCCAGUUGAAAAUGUCGACGAUGGCGGUUUUCGGUGGUGACGCCGCUCACGCAAACGCACGAGCGUCCACGUGUCAUAUCACGAGGCGGCUUCUCUUUCCCGCCUCGGUCUCUGCCCAAAGCAUGCUGGGAAGUGCGGUGCAUCGUCGCCCCGUGUGCGGCGCGGCGCCCGGGCCUGCGCUCGCCAUCAUCUAAGCUCAAACGACAGCGUCAUCUCAUCCGUAAUCCUCAGAUGUUCUUGGGGGAACAAUCACGGGACGCACGCUCAAGCUCUACAGACGUCGUACCUCAUCCGUCAGGGACCUUUGGCCCCGCCCACCCACCGCCGCCGCACCUUGACAACGCCUCUCUCACCUUUGAUCCACUAAUGUAACACUACAUGGCCAGUUCCCACGGCAACGACCCGCCUCCCAAGUCCACCGUCAGCGCUAAAGGACUCCAGAACGGCGGCGGGACGCGGGCGGUGUCGUACAAAAACAGCCAAACCCUCAUUAGACAUUAAGCCACGCCCCCCCCCCCCACGCUCACACCGAAACAUAUCUACUUCUUGAACGCGCUCAACAGGCAGGACGGACGCUCCACGGCGAAGGAUCAGCGAAUCGGAGCGAACACACUCAAGGUGCUUUUCGAGGAAGCCAUGCGAGCCGCGCAGCGUCGCGGUCUUCAUCAUCGCCAUCGCCGCCGCCGCCGCCGCCACCUUCAUCGUCAACCCAAGAACUCGACUCGCGGAUCGAAACCCGCCUCCCACUGCAUCCAGUCAACACGACAUCAGUGUUCUCACUCCCCUCCCCCCUCUGUUGUUGUUUUUUUUUUUUGUUUUUUUUUUUUAAAUAAAUUAUGUGAACUUCCCCUUCAUAGCCAACGCUUUUUUGUUUUUUUAAAUGUGAAAAAUAUCUCGAUGUAAAACUGUUUUAAGAGGAUUAAAAAAAAAAAAAAAGUCCAAGAUAUCAAAUCACUUCUUAGAGGUUUAAAAAAAAAAAAAAAAAGUGUGAUAGAUAGCAUGUCCUAGACACUUUUUUUUUUCUUUUGUUUUUCUACUUUAAUUUAAACAAGCGUCUUUCCUUUGUAUUGUAUUGUACAAUGUGCAUUGCUGGACCAAUGGUUAAAAAUGUCAAAAUGGGACAUGGGAUUUUUUUUUUCUUUUUUUUUUUCUAUUUUUUUUUUUUCUAUUUUCUGUUUUUGGGUGUAUAAAGUCACUUAGUAAAUGUACAGAAGCUAUUGCCAGGCUCAGGGACCGGAGACUGUCAAAUCCACGUGCGACAUGUGAAGCAGCACCAGGAGCGGGUAUCAGCUGUAAAUUGGAAAUCACCGUGGUCGAUUGGAUAUUGAUUAUAUAAAUUGUAUAAAAAUCGAGAAAUGUACAAUGAGAAAGGCGAUCGAUGUGAUGUUUCCCAAGUAUUUCCUUUUUUUUUUAUUUUAUUUUGAAGGUAUUUUUGAGCUGAAACAGAAUUGACCCAAAGCCCAAAUCAACAUCAAGCUCAAGUAAAAAAAACUUUAAAAAAUAAAAUAAAAUAAAAAAUUCCAAAAGACUAAAGAAAGGAGCCACACUCAAAAGGGAAUUUCUCUGCUUUUUUUUUUUUUUUUUUUUUUUUUUUUUAUCAGGUGUUUUUUCUUUUCUUUUUUUAAUCUGUGAGCUGAACCUGCCUUCCUGUGUUUUAAUCUGCCCCCCCGUCAAUCCACGUAAUCCGCUGUCAGCACAGACAAAUCACACUGAUGACGAAUAAUCAGAGACGAGCAAAUGGGAGGGACGCCGGUUUUUUUUGUUGUUUUGUUUGUUUGUUUUUUCCAUCACAAAAUUCAGCGUUUGCUUGUUUGAUAAUUCCCACCACGUUUCUAAAAUUUAUCAAAUUAUGAAUCAAACUGAAUCAAAAUCUGCGAGCAAAAGCAGCGUUCAGACGUUUUACUCGCCAAAGCUGCUCAGACUGAACUUUAUUCCCGAUAUUAUUUGUACAUACGAGGUUUCACACACACACACACACACACACACACACACACACACACACACACUCCCUCCCAUCCCGUCUCUGUCGUACAGCCGACGUCUGUCCCGACCAAUCAGGCGGCGGUCUGCUCGGCGACUCCAUAAAGAAAGAAGGGCUUCUCUGGGUCUGGAA